UACCCUGUACCUGGUGGAGAUAAAAGCAUGUCAAGAAGGGCAAAUGUUGCUACUGACCUCUUCAUAGUCAGCAAAAGAAUCUGGCACUGGAGACUGACAAGAGAACAGAACAGUGAGCCAAGUUUGGAACAAGGCCAAGAGAGCGAACAAAAAGCCAAAAUAGGCUCCCCAGGAAAAGAACAGUUUGCCCCAGGCUCUCUGGUGGAUGUCCAGGACUAGUGUGUGACUGGGGCUAUCUUCACCAUGAACAGCUUCAUUGUCACAGCCCUCAUCUGGACCACAGUAGCAUGUGCUGAAGAAGACAAGCUCCUAGGAGAGACCAGUGAAACUAGUUUUCGAAAGUGCCAACAGGCUUUCAAUAUACCAGUUCUGGAAGUGCUACCUGGAGGGGGCUGGGAUAAUCUGAGAAACAUAGACAUGGGACGGGUGAUGGACUUGACAUACACCAACUGUAAGACCACAGAAGAUGGACAGUACAUCAUCCCCGAUGAAGUCUUUACUAUUCCUCAGAAAGAGAGCAACCUGGACAUGAACUCAGAAAUCCUGGACUCCUGGGUGAAUUACCGCAGCACCACCUCAGCUUCCAUCAACAUGGGGCUCGAUUUUCCUUUCAAAGUCAACGGCAAGUUCUCUUCUGAGUUCCAAAGGAUGAAGACCCUUCAAGUGAAAGACCAUGCUGUAACUACAAGAGUUCAGGUGAGAAAUUUGGCCUACACAGUGAAAAACAACCCAAGUUCAGAACUCACCUUGGGAUUUAAGAAAGAGCUCAUGGAAAUAUGUGACCAUCUAGAGAAAAACCAGACAAAGAUGGCCACCUACCUGGCAGAACUGUUGGUCCUCAACUAUGGCACACACGUAAUCACCAGUGUGGAUGCUGGGGCUGCACUCAUUCAGGAGGACCACAUAAGGUCCUCCUUCCUUAAGAACCACAAGGGAAACCAUGUCGCUGUGACCACCUCUGCUGGAAUCACUUUCGCAAAGGCUGUGAACUUCAACCCUGAAGCAGGCUUUGAUUACCAAAAUAGCUUUACCACAGGCUACCUUGCUAACAGAACCAACUCCAGGAUGCAGAGCAUCGGAGGGGCUCCAUACUACCCAGGCAUCACCUUAGAAACCUGGCAGAAUGGCAUGGCUAACCACUUGGUGGCAGUAGACCGAUCUGGUUUGCCUCUGCAUUUCUUCAUCAAGCCUAACAAGCUGCCUGGUUUUCCAUACCACUUGGUGGAGAAGCUAUCGAAGACAGUGGAAACUGCCGUGAGAAACUACUACAACUUUAACACAUACCCAGGCUGCACAAAUGUUGAUUCCCCCAACUUCAAUUUUCAAGCCAAUACAGAUGAUGGCUCCUGUGACGGUAAGGUAGCCAACUCUCCCUUCGGAGGGGUUUAUCAGGUGUGUCAACAACUCUCGUACAGUUCACUAAUUCUCUGCCAAAAGUUGGAACAGAAGAAUCCACUCACUGGUGAUUUCUCCUGUCCCUCUGGAUACAGUCCUGUCCAUUUACUGACUCAGACCCAUGAGGAGGGUUACAGGGACACAGAUUGCAGACUGAAGUGUACCCUCAAGAUCUUCUGUAAGAAAGUGUGUGAAAAUGUAUUCAAAGUGGCUAAGGCUGAAUUCAGGGCUUAUUGGUGUGUGGCCAGUAGUCAAGUAUCCCAAAACUCAGGACUUCUCUUUGGGGGAGUCUUCACUGACAAGAGCAUCAACCCUGUGACAAAUGAACAGUCAUGCCCAUCUGGGUACCUUUCACUGAGUCUGUUACAGAACCUCAAGGUAUGUGUUUCUAUGGAUCAUGAGUUGGGGCAUAAGUUUUCAAUCCCCUUUGGUGGGUUCUUCAGUUGCACAAAGGGGAACCCGUUGGUUAAUUCUUCAACAUCCAGAGACUUAGGGGAAUCAUUUCUGCAAAAGUGUCCUGGGGGCUUCAGCCAACAGCUAGCUGUUAUCAAUGAUGGCUGCCAAGUGUCCUAUUGUGUCAAGGCUGGCAUCUUUACAAAAGAUUCCCUAGCUCCUGUUAGGCUACCACCUUACACUCAGCGUCCGCUCAUGAGUCAGUCUGACACCAGCUCUAAUGAAGAGACGAGUAGCUAUAGUGCCGAACCCUGGAUUAAGGACUCCUACACUCAGCAGUGGAAGCUAGAGAAGCCAUCGGGACUGUUCAGCCGUAGCACUUCAGGAGGAACCAUUGCUGGAAUCACAGUUGGGGCUAUCCUGGCAGUAGGCGUUUUCAUUGCCAUGGCCAUCUAUGGCCACCGGAGGUCUAAGAAGAGUGAAUACAAAGUAACUUCAAAAAUGUCUUUUCCUUCCUUUGCAAGAACUAGAGCCACUCCUGAUGGAGUGCAGGAUCCAACUCCAGCUUAAUUCUUCCCGAAAGGAACAGUUUCUCUCACCUCCAAGCAUGGGUUCAAGCAUUUCUUUUACUCCUUUCUCCUUCACCUCUGCCUUCCUAAGGAGUAAAAUGAGAGCUGCAAUAAAAAGACAGUUUUAUAAUGCUGUGACUGUGUUCAUGUCUCUGCACUGGGGACUAAAGGAUCAAUGUGAACAAGGUAGGGGAAGAAAGAUUUCAACUAAUUCAGCAAAAGCCAGCCCUGGUUCCCAGCCAUAAUGGGAGCAUGCAUUCCCAACAAGGCACAGGUUACCCCCACCUGAAUCUCUGUAUGUGAAAAGAGAUAGGCCAGAGAGCAACAAGAGCUUUGGGAUGAAACUGCAUUUAGUCUGAAGUCGACAGAAGUUUCCAAUUUGUCUGUCAGAAGAUGUUACCAUCCCUGUAUCUUGUUUAGGGUUUUAUGCUCCCAGAGGCAGUCAGGACUCUGAAAAGACACAGACAUGUAGUGAUAUUUCACUUGUAUUUUAAUAAAUAAAGCAUGCCUGAAGUUCAGAGAGUAAAACCGUCACACUGAUCAGCCUUACAGACCAGGCAGUGGUGAUACACACCGUUAAUCCCAGUAUAGCCACACUAAUUUGCCACAGAAGCCGGCAGUAGUGGUGCACACCUUUAAUCCCAGCACUAGAGAGGACUAUACAAUGGGAGGAGACAGCUCUCACACACAGUCUCAUUCUGAGAUUCCUGGAGACAGGAUCACUAUUUCGGACUGAGGUAGAGGUAAGAGCCAGUGACUGACUCGUUUGCUUUUCUGACCUUCAGGCAAACAUUAUUUAUUAAAAUACAAAUACCAAGCCCAUUUUCUAUGUCUGCCCUACAGUUAGGAUUUCCUUUGCCCAGAUCAGUUUUAGACUUCUGAAUAGUGUCAACAAACCUUCAGGAAAUAUUUUAACUUACAAACUUCUCAUAUGAGGUCAGAAGCAAAAGGGUGGUGGGAAACUGGAAAUAAAUCAAGACACAUAAAAAACUCAAGAGGACUCCAAUGUUCCAGGAACUGGCUGAUUUCUUCUCGCUGGCCUCAGACAGACGUUGAAAGGGACUGUUGUUUAGAUAGGUCAAUUAUUAUGGUUUAAUCUCCGAUGUUACCAAAAAUAUAACUCUUUCUUCUUCUGUGACUAACACUCACCCUUCAUGUCUUCCCACCGCAAGUGUGGGAAAAAAUACAGAGACACAAACAUACAUACACCCCAUAUUACAAGUCUUUAUUUUCCAAGGGGUGAAAAAUGCUAAAGUCAAAAUAAGCCCCCCACUUAGGUUUACUUCCUCUUUUAAACUAAAACCAAACCCAAAAUUCAUUAUGUCCUGUUCUUUCCGUUUUGGCUUGCUUUCCCUGCUAGACACAGGGCUGAUGUGAUAAAAAAAAAAAAAAAGUUAUGCCGGGCGGUGGUGGUGCACGCCUUUAAUCCCAGCACUCGGGAGGCAGAGGCAGGCGGAUCUCUGUGAGUUCGAGAACAGCCUGGUCUAGAAGAGCUAGUUCCAGAACAGGAACCAAAAGCUACCGAGAAACCCUGUCUUGAAAAUCAAAAGAAAAAAAAAAAGGUUAUGUCAUUAAGUUAACUGGAAAAGGCCUCAAGAACCACUUGUGACAUUUAUUUCAAUUGAAGAAUGACUUUCAUGGGAUAUCUGGCAGGGUACAUUAUUGACACCUGGCAAUAGUUGGGGUUUUGUUCAAUUUUAAUAUCUGAUUUGAUUCUCUACAACAUAGAAAUUACUCCACAGCCGCUUCAGAAACUGUACCUAUUCACCACAGCACGUGACCAGUGAGCUACCUUCUAUGAAAGACCAUGUGUUCUCUCCUCACUGUCUACAUUCAAGGGCUGUGCACACAGUAGGCCCUCUGGGUGCACAGUAGUCUCAGCCUCUGGGAAUGUGGGAAGAAUUACUCAUUCACUGCAGAGAAGAGUGGAGAGCUGAAUUUGAAUUCUGCCUCCCUCCUGCCCAGUCAAAGGGGGUUGACUCCAUAACCUCUUCACCAAACCUGCCCUUUUCAGUAUUAAAAUGUUCAAUAUUAAAACUUUUUCCUCCAUGCCUUGUGGAUUACUGAGUGAGUUUUGCUUCAGUCAAGCUAAGAAUUUGUCUUAAAGUGCUGACUUUCCUCUGUGAAUUCUUUAAGGAUUACUAAGCCUGUACAGCACAACAGGAGACUCCUAGACCGAAGGCACCAACCUCCCAUUGAGACAAAAGUAUCUCACUUAUAUUUCUACUAACAAAGAUGCAUAUAAAUAUUUGUUAAAAUGUAUACUGGAAGCCUUCAUUACCUUCUUAUUGUGUUCUAAUCAGUGUUAGAAUCAUUAAAACUAAACGUUUAUUUGAAGGGGAAAACCCACCUGCAAAUGAUUAAAGACUAUACUCCAUCGUAGUCACGUGAAGUCACUUUCAAGAAGUUGGUAUUCAGGACCUGAGACUUGAAUCAGCAGCUGAGAGCACUUGCUGCUUUCUGAAAUUGUAUUCCUAACACUCACACAGCAGCUCACAACCCUCCACAACUCCAGUCCCAGGGGACCCACUUCAGGCAAAAUACUCUUACACAUAAAAUCAAAACAAAUUAAUAUUAAGAAGAAGUUAACAUUUCUAGCUUUCAAGAUAACCAUUUUCCCACAAAUUCACACUCCUUUCCCUUGCCAUGUGGUCUGUUUAAUUGGGAGGAACCUAGACACGGGCCAGGUCAAAUGUGUGGGUAGAAGAGAUGCUGAGAUUUUUAGAAAAUAAAGGGGGUUUCCCUUUAUCUAGCUAGUCGGACUGAGGUUGCUCACACAUAGAGGAAGUAAUCCACAUGCUUCUGAGACAGGUGCCAAAGCACUUCUACAAAAGCAGGCCCUUCGGAGUAACCACAGUUUGCGCUUGUUCAUUUGCAGUUCAUUGUUCUGCAAUACACCUCAUGAGCACCAGGGGGCGAUGUCCUCUCGUAGAGCAACACCAAGAACUUCAGAGCACAGCAGUUACAAAUGGAACACCUGACCUCUGGACCUUCACCAGCCCUCUCCGGGAAACCCCCAUUCAUAUGCUGUUGGUAACAGACAAGCAAAGGGGGCAGCAAUUGUUUCUUAUGCUCUCACGCUGUUGCAUGCCAAGCUCCUCUGAGAUAAAAACUUUCCAUUUCGGAGGGAAGCUUCUCAAGACACAGAAUGUUCUCCAGGGAAAGCAAACAUUCCAUCUUGUAUGUCACACUCAUGUCUGGGGGCAUCAGGGCAGGCACUCAAGGCAGAAGCUGAAGCAGAGGCCAUAGAGGAACGCUGUUCAUUACUGUGCUCCCUAUGACUUGCUCAGCCACAUCAAUGUGCAUUAACCAAGAAGACGCUCCUCAGGCUCGUCCACAGGCCAGUCUGUUGGGGACAUUUUCCUAAGCUGACUUCCCUCUUCCCAUGACUCUUGCUUAUGUCAAGCUGGAAAAAAAAAAACUCACCAGGACACUCCCUAAGUUUGGGAAAUAAACAUCUCAAAAGCCCAGUGUCUCUUUCUCUUCCUGCUGCCUAUAGAUCUAGAACUCUCUGCUGCCCCUCCAACACUAUGUCUGCCCGUGUGCAACCAUGCUUCCUGGCAUGAUACUAAACCUCUGAACUGUAAGUCGGCCCCAAUUAAAUGCUUUCCUUUACAAGAGUUGCUGUGGUCAUGGUGUCUCUUCACAGCAACAAAACCCUACGACAACUAGCUAUGUAUAAAUAGAAAGGACUGCUGAGAGACAUUCUCAGAUAAGUUGAACUGCCUAGAAGAGGCUCAGACCAGCCAAGCUGCCUAGAAGACGCAAGAUGAUCCCUGAAGAGUCACCUGGAAGGAGUUCACAUUACCUGAGCUGGCUGGAAGAGAUGGUCUCCAAACUGUUGAGCCCCCUUCUGGCUGUACAGUGUGCUCUGGGUUUCCAUCUUCUGUGAGCCUGCCCGUGCUAGGGUAGGCUGUUGGUGAUGCAACUGUCUUUGUGUCAUUUCUGAUUCUAAAAGUAACCCCUCACCCAUAUUUCCACAAGAAAAUGAGAACAAAAUACAAACAAACAAACAAACAAACAAAAACCUCACUGGCUCACCAGGAGGUACUUCGGAGGUAUCCGAACGUGGUUGGUCACCAGUUCCACAUCUGGCAUGAGAAACAGGGCUGCACAACAUGAGCACGAAGUGGGGCAAGAUGGGGAAAAGUAGUUUUGACCAAGUUUGAAACCACAGGGAAGUCGGAGUCUUACGAAAGGAGAGGGGAAUGGAACACAAAGGCACGGACUACCACAGAUAUACCACCCAUCUUCAGGGAUCAGCGUCUCAUGAGGUGUGACGAAUCCCACUUGUCAUCCCUGGAGUCCCAGGCAGGGAGAACAUGGCUGCUGGUGCUGAGACUGUGAAAGGAAAAGCAUGGGGUCCCCUGCUUGGCUCAGCAGAGCACACUGGAGCUUCUUUUGAAAGCAAAGUGGCGCUAGGCCCAGGGUUUGCCCUCCUUUAAAUCGUGACUAUACUCUUAUAUGUUGGGAAAAGAGAAGAGGCAAGAGAUUUCCCCUGACCUUUAGGGGCUUUCUGAGCCCAAGCCUGGGUACUGGGGCCUUAAAUGAUGUAGGAGGGACACAGGCCACUGAUCUUACGUUCAGUGCUCUAGGGGUUAAGAACUGUCCCCAAAGUCACGAAGACCUGUUUCAACACAGAUGUGACUCUAGUUCCCAUUAACCCAGACCGAGGAAUUAGCAUAAACACCAUGUGAGUGUCUUAGGCAUCUCAGCAAGAGGCAAAACUAAAAACUCAGGGAGAGUUACCACCACAAGCUGGGCAAACCACCUCACCACAAACGGCUCUGGUGGAAAUAAAAGUAUGAUGCAUAAAUCACACAUCACACAUAGGACACGUCACCAAGAGGAAGCGCUAGCAGGUGCGCCAACGGUGAUGUGCAUGACAUAAAUUAAGACUAUCCUUAAUUUGACCGAGUGGACUAUCUCAGCCAUAAUGUGGAGUCAAGAAGAUUCCUACAACUGACUCACAGAUCCUGGGCCGUGUGUCCUAGAGAUGCUGUAACCUACGUUAGCAGAUUCUGCAGAUAGGAAAACAGAGACUCAAAGACAGAACUGACUUCCUUAAAGGCACCAGCAGCUUAGUGGCAGAAUGAGGAAUUGAAUCCAGUCUCCAGGUUUCCAGCUAGCUCUGUGUUACUUUGUGUGUGUAUUAAGGAAAGAGGCUGCAUUCAAGUGUAUAUGAGUGUGCAUGCCUGUGUGGAGGCCAACUGAGGGUAUUGGGUAGUCUCUGUCUCUCUCCAUCUCCUUCCUUCCUUCCUUCCUUCCUUCCUUCCUUCCUUCCUUCCUUCCUUCCUUCUUUCUUUCUUUCUUUCUUUCUUUCUUUCUUUCUUUCUUUCUUUCUUUCUUAUUAUUUAUUUGAGUCAAGUCUCUGACUGAAUCUGAUGCUAACCAUUUGGACAGGCUGGCUGGCCAGUGAGUUCCAGGCAUCUGUUUCCUACCCCUCACUCAGCAUUGAGACUAAAGACCUGUGCCCCUCUGCUUCCCAGUCUGACUGAUACAAUAAUGGGUGUCAGGUAGCCAAACCUAGGUCUGUAUACUUACAUGGCAGACACUCCAUUGACAGUCAUCUCCCCAACCUACUGUGAUAUUUUUACACUGUAUAUGUUGAGUCCUUGUUGUACCUUCCCAUGCUAAUACCCUUCCUCUCCCUAGACCCGUUCCUAUUUCUAUAACU